AUGGCAGGGUACAAGAUAUAUGCAGAAGGCUUCGCUUGGUCCGUGAGCUUGAAAUAUAUCCUAUCUUGUGGUGCCAUGACGCUGAUCAUUUCGCCACAGUAUGAGGAUUUCUUCAGUCGCGGCCUUAUACCCAAGAAAAAUUAUUGGCCAGUAUCGCCCGUCGACCUAUGUAAAUCGAUAAAGUCGGCUGUUGACUGGGGGAACUCACACCCAGCUGAGGCUCAGGCGAUAGCGAAAGCAGGACAAGACUUCAUGGAGAGUUUAAGUAUGGACAAAGUCUACGACUACAUGUUCCACCUCAUCACUGAAUAUUCAAAGCUCCAGAUGUUCAAGCCUGUCCCACCACCCUCUGCUCUUGAGGUGUGUCCAGAUUCUGUGUUGUGCUUUGCCGAUGAGAAGCAGAGGCUAUUCCUUGAAAAAUCUUCAACUUCUCCCUCGUUGGAGCCUCCUUGCAACCUCAUGUCUGCCGACGAUAGUGUCAGAAGCUGAAAUUGCAGGAGGAAGUUAGGAAAAUGGAGCAACAAUCAUGAUAGGAAAUUUGGUAGAGCAUGGACCCCCAUUUUGAAUUGUAAAAGUAGAAUAAAUUAAUUAAUUAAAGGUGCAAGUAAGCCUACAGUCAUUUUACUGUUUCUCAUUCAUUAGUGGUGUGAUUAGGUGUGGCUAGAGGUGGCAAUUUCAAUCCAAUCCACCAAUCCAAUCCAUCAAUCCAUUAAAAAUAUCCACCUAAUCCAAUCCAUUUAAAUCCAAUCCAUUUUAUCCAAAU